AUGUACAUCACAUUUCCACAAUUCCCAAAGUAUAAAGUCUACAUAUCCCUCCAUCAAAAUAUAAGCAGUGAAAAGUUACAAACCAUCAAGGAAAACCUCGCUUCACAAAACCUGGAAUACAAUUACUGUUUCCUUAAUGCUCAUCACAUCAUCUCAUUAGCUCAUUUACAACAAGCCAUCCACCGUCUGGUCAUGAACUACCUGCGUGGUACUAUGUCCGCCAAGACUGUCAAUGCGGAAAUCAUAUUGAACUUGAGUCCUGUGAAUAGUAUCAUGGAUGCAUUUAAGAACUUUGGUAUUCGUGAAGACUGUGACAGCGCCAUCGUAGUUAAGAUUAUAGAAGAGGACUCGAACGAAGACGUAUCGGAAAAGUUGACCAAGUUGGUUGGUCCAGAAAGUGAGUUGAACGACCAAGUGUUGUUUGAUCUUGUUGAUUUCAAGAGAUUUAAAAAGGUGUACAAGUUGAAUGAUGCGAAAUUUACUCACACUCAAAAUGACUUGUCGAAAUUGGCAAUAGGUGCUUGUAUAUUAAGAGGAUGCUAG